GUCUAACCACGGAAAAAGCUUCAAAGUUUCAGUGUGUAGUUCCUCGUUUGUUUAUCAGGCCUUUUCGUCACUAGCAACUUUGGAAACAAGUUAAUGAUGGAUCUCAAAGCUAUUCUGCUUUCUCUUUUCGUCGUCACCUUGUCUUUGUUUGGCAUCACGCAUGCUGUUACCCAUGCUGAAAUGGACCAACUUGCCGUAGCUUGCAAUGGACAGAAAGCCGACAUAGAUGUGAUGAAGCAGUGGAGGGUUCCUAGCUCAGAUUCAGGGAAGUGUUUGAUGAAGUGCUUGACGGAUUAUUACAAAAUGUUUGACAGUGAGGGUAAAUACAGUCUUAAGAAUACCGAGGAUUCUCUGUACAAGGCUUGGUCAGAAAAGCCCAAAGAGCACAUGCCCAUAAUUGCUCAACACUGCGAUAAUAUGAUGCGCAGCGCUCCGAAGGAAAAUCUUGGCUCGUGUCAGAUGUCGUACGAUACGAUGAAGUGUAUUAACGAAAAAGCAUGGGAGCUUGGCUGGUUCAAUUAAGCGUGCGUGCCUAUUCUCCAGACAGAAAAUCGUUCACGCAACUCAGGUCCGAUAUUUCCGGUCGUCCGGUCGAUUGGUUCAGCUCCAGUACUACCUUCAGCUAUAGAGCAUUAUCCACGAGAGUUUCACGAGUACCUUUCUCGCAAA